AUAAUUAUAAUAUAUAAUUAUCAUAUUCGAAGAGAAUGUGUAAUUUUGCGAAGUAACAUACGGUUCAUUUAUUUGUGACAAGCCUACUGUUUGUUCAGUUUCACAAUUUUGACGCCAAGAAGAUCGUUUAUUCAAUUUGCAAUAAGUAAUCUCGCAUAUGAUAUAAUUUCCACCAACUUAUGUUUGCACUUCUGUCCGACAAAUAUAAAAUUAAUAACGGUUAAUGAUUCGCGAUCCAAUGUCUUUGAUAAACUGUAAUACGAAUUGGUUAAUGCUUGACGUUAAUUUAACAAUUUCUGUCCUGUCGGUCUUACAAAAAUUAAAAUAUUGUUUUUUACUUGUAAAUUUGCAAGGCAAUAUUUUUUUUUUGCUGAGUUCACAAACAAAGUUUAUAAAGUCCAUUAAACAAUCGAAAUCGCUUAGUUAAAGAAACUUGCAUCAUACCUCAGCAUAUUUUCAAUGUUCCUUAUCUAAUCGAGUCCAUUCGAUAAUUGAAUCUGAUGGUCCGUAUUCUAUCAGUACAACUUUUACCCUGCACUCGUACAGACCUCUCCUUCUGGUGAUUUCACAAAUCAAGUUCUCGUGCUUGUUCGUGUUUUACUCAAUAUGGAGGAACAAAUUGCAAAUCCAUUUGAGAAUGACAGUACGAUUCCGGAUGAUGUACAAGAAAAAUUAGCGAAGGUCUUUGAAAGAUAUCAACAGUUAAGCGAUGAAGAAAAAAAAGACUUCCAAAAGGGCGCCUUUGACGUAUUGACAAAAACUUUGCAAAAGUUACCUAAGAACACGAUUUUGCCAACGUGGCUCGCAUCAUACCAGUCAUUUAUUCUAUUCAUUUUCGCAGUAUCAAUUGUGGGAUUUCUACUCGCUAUUGUAGCUCGCAGAUUGUAUCAACGUACAAAAGAACGAGAAUUACGUCAAGAAGAAAAAAGAAGGCUCAAACAACAAAAAGCAGAGAAGAAACAAAAGAAAAAAGAGAAGAAAACGUAACAUAUGAUCAAUUAUAUUUA